AUGGCCGCCAGCCCAGAGCUCUCGCCCGCCCAGGCCCAUGCUCUGUUCGACAUCCUGACCCACCAGGAGGUCUACGGCGAAAUCGAAAAUUUCAAAUGGCCCGACGCCAUCCACCGCUAUGGUCACCCUUUUCGUAAGGACCACGCCCAGCCUUGCACCUCGCCCGUCCUGCAGUCGCUACUCAACAAGUUCGCCCUCACUCUGCCUGGUCUCUCCAGUGUCGCCGACGUCUUCUGGCAGGAGCGCAUCCAGACCAUCGUCGAGAAACUCGGCGCUGCAGACCUUUCCGAGAGCUAUGACAAGGGCUCCGUCGGCCUGCGCAAGACCCUGGCAACCGCCAUUUCCGCCUUGAUUGAGUAUCCUGCAAAGGGCGCCCUGGGCGGCUUUCCCAUGAAAGACGUCCAGCCCGGCCGCCACUAUGACAUGUCCAGCCCCGACGACGUGAUGCACGCCUGGGAUGCCUUCCUCCAACAGCUAGUCUACGGCGGCAUGAUCGACGAGCUGUUUACCAAGUGCGCAGAGACCGACAGGAUCGACCAGCACUCGUCCCUGGUCCAAGCAGCCCACGAGUUCAUCCUCGUCAACCUUGCCUCUAUCAUGCACCACAUCCUUGUCACCUCGCCAGACGGCCAGGCACUCCUGCGCAUCCUUGCUAACAUCCACAAGCUUAUUCCCUAUAGCAUCAUUAGACAGACUCUGCGCGUGGGCAACGCCGCCACCAUGAUCAACGGAAUGGUCAGACUUGUCCUUGCUAAGUUCAGUGUUGGCUCUCUCACCAACUGGGUAGGCCUUAGUAGGAAUGCAGACGAAGGCCAGAAUCUACUUCAGUCCAUCAUCUCCACCGUCCUUGCCUGGGACUCUUCCGAAUUGCAGAAGCAAGCCACCAAGAUCGAGAAGCUAAAAGAAAAAGAGAGGCCGAGCGAUGGACAUCUCGAGGCCAUCAAAUCGCACCUGCAGUUGACCAGAGAAGAGAGGGAGAAACGUAGGGUAAAAAGCAGGGAAACCCCAAGGUCCAUAACCGCCGUGAUUUUUGAAGAGAACAACCUCUCCACAGACCUACCAGAAUCGCAUCAGCACCUGGCGCAGGAGUACUUCAAGGCUCAAUUAUCAAUUCGCGACCGCGACCAACUUGUCCAGGUACUUUGUCGGCAACAACCUGAUCACCUCACUGAAGCUAUCCGGGAUCUUGUCAACGCUUAUGAUCCCAUCAUCCGAGGCGUGCACAAUGCAGUAGACUUGAGUGCAGGCCUGACAGACCUUGAGAAUUUCUUAAAUGACUUGAUCAAGAUCGCGAAGCUCCCUUCGCCGUCAAAGAGCAAAGACAGACCAAAGCAACAGCCGCUGCCGACGGUCGAAGAUUUCGUCAAGCUUUUGAAGAAGCAUCAAAGUUCAUGCCACCGCUUCCUACACCAGAUCGCAAAGAACGGCCCAGAGGUCACCGAGUGGUUCCGUGAGUACGCCUUGAAGUUCACAUCCGAAUUCCAGGGUGCGAGCGAUUCGCCUGGUGGUGCCGGCACCAUGAAUUCUACCCUCAACUCCCUGUUCGGUAAGCUCUCACCGGAAGAGCGCGGCGAGUCUCUCAAAGCCUUGGAAGCGCAUUCGAAAUACCUCACCCACCUCCACGAGUCUUCAGCGGCUCGCAUGAAGUCAAUUCUUUCCUGCUCAUCCAGGACGGAAUUCGGCCCGGGAAUGUACAUCGCAAAAUGGCUCGAGUUGGUGGGAUCGACUCCAAUUACACCAGCCACUACGAACGGCCCAUUACGGUUCGGAAAGAACAAGGAUGUCCAGGAAGCAGCUCAGAUCGAUGUCGACGGCGAGAGGAAAGGCGCAGCGUUGCAAAAAGAGUCAAAAUCUGACCAAGCGAUACCCGAAGCCCCUGAGGUGGAGAACAUUGUUAGACUUCUGGGGCCGGAAUACAGGAAGGUGCUUGCGGGAGGGAUUGCAUAG